GCGCCUUCCCAGGCUGCUCUCCGGGUAAACAGCGAUGGCCGCCGAGGACCGAGGCGGAGAGCCCCGAGAUAACAUGGGGAACCAGCUGGUGCCCGUAGAGAGCGAGGAAGAGGAUGACAAUGAAAUGGAAGUGGAAGACCAAGAUAGUAAAGAAGCUGAGAAGCCAAACAUCAUUAAUUUUGAUACCAGUUUGCCCACAUCACAUGUGUACCUGGGCUCGGACAUGGAGGAGUUCCACGGGAGGACAGUGCACGAUGACGACAGCUGCCAGGUGAUCCCUGUGCUGCCCCGGGUGAUGGUGAUGCUGAUCCCCGGCCAGACGCUGCCGCUGCAGCUCUUCCGCCCCCAAGAGGUUAGCAUGGUGCGGAAUUUAAUUCAGAAAGACAGAACCUUUGCUGUCCUUGCAUACAGUAAUGCACAUGAGAGGGAAGCACAGUUUGGAACGACAGCAGAAAUCUAUGCCUACAGAGAAGAGCAGGAAUAUGGAGUUGAAACAGUCAAGGUGAAAGCAAUAGGAAGACAAAGGUUCAAGGUGCUUGAAAUAAGAACACAGUCAGAUGGAAUCCAGCAGGCUAAAGUACAAAUCCUCCCUGAGCGAGUGCUGCCUCCCACCAUGUCAGCAGUGCAGCUGCAGUCUCUCAGCAGGUGCCAUGUGAUUCCCUCUUCCAAACCCACUUCCUGGCAGGACAGAGCCAUUCGGCAGUGGUGGCAGAAGUACCAAAAGAGGAAGUUCCACUGUGCCAGUUUGACAUCUUGGCCCCCCUGGCUCUACUCUCUCUAUGAUGCUGAAACCUUGAUGGAAAGAGUCAAGAGGCAGCUCCAUGAGUGGGAUGAAAACCUUAAAGAUGAAUCUCUUCCAUCGAACCCAGUAGAUUUUUCUUACAGAGUUGCUGCCUGCCUGCCCAUUGAUGAUGCUUUACGUAUCCAGUUGCUCAAAAUAGGCAGUGCUGUGCAGAGGCUCCGCUGUGAGUUAGAUAUCAUGAACAAAUGUACAUCUCUCUGUUGUAAGCAAUGCCAAGACACAGAAAUAACUACCAAGAAUGAAAUAUUCAGCUUAUCCUUGUGUGGGCCCAUGGCAGCCUAUGUGAAUCCCCAUGGAUACAUCCAUGAAACCCUCACUGUAUAUAAAGCCUGCAACCUGAGCCUCAGUGGUCGGCCCUCAACAGAGCACAGCUGGUUUCCUGGGUACGCCUGGACCAUCGCCCAGUGCAGGAUCUGCGGGAGCCACAUGGGCUGGAAGUUCACGGCCACCAGGAAGGAGCUGUCCCCCCCCAAGUUCUGGGGGCUGACGCGCUCGGCGCUGCUGCCGCGCAUCCCCGAGGGCGACGGGGAGGAGGACUCGGAGCGCGGCCGCUCGCCGCUGCUGUGCCUGUGAGCCGCCCCCGUGCAUUGCUCAGUCCUGCUUCCAUGCUUCCUUAGCCCGGGCACCACGCUGCCAUCCCCGGGGAACGCCAGGCUCGCCGCGCUGGCAGCGCUGCGCAGCCGCGUGCUGCAGCUCCCGACUGCUCCUGGACAGGGGGUGCCAGGAGACACCAGGAAUGAAGGUCCCACACGGGACACCAGGAAAUCUCUGAUCCACGUGGACACGCUUGAGACUGAGCUUUGUCCAGCCUUGUGUAAUUCCUACUUGCAGUGAAGGAAGGGGGAUGGAAACUAAAAUCAAACUACGAUCACAAUAAGCAGAGUCUGAUUGAUGCAAUAUUCCCGGGGUGGUAGGUAGCAGUUUCCUGCUGUGGAGUGUUUGCCAUAAUACACUUACAAGUGGUUUGCUGAGAAUCCCUGUUCCUAACUCUGUGAAGUCCUUCAGGUUUGCUGCUUGUGCUGUUUCUCAGCUCUUUGCUGAAUACCCAUGGAAGAGAGAAGCAGCCUGAGUUUCUGACUGCUGGAGGCAGUGCUGGAAUGGGCAAAAGCUGGAAUUGCAGCUGCCUCCCAGGAUGGAACCCAUGGGAAGUGUCUGUUCCUUACAAGUUAUCUCAUCUGUUUAGUCCACUUGACUUUAGAAGUCUCAUGUUUUAAACUGUUUGUAAGAAGUGCACAGGUCAGUCCCAGAGGGUAAACAGCAUUGUCACUUUCUGUUCCAUGUGCUUCAAUUACUUCCCCAAAUUACUGCUGGUUAAUUUACCAGUGUAGGUGUCCAGGGGUUUGGGAAGGACUCUAAAACACCCCACUGAGGUGAUUUUUAAGUAGUGCUUGUUGUGACAAGGGGAAGGAAAAAUCUCUUUAAUUAUUUUUUGUUUUAACUAUCAGAUCAUAAAGUAAAAUUUCCCAUUAUCACCUUACAAAGAGCAAAAGUUCCUAAAUAAAACAGAAAUAAGGCAGUGCUUUUUUGUGGGGAGGUUGUUUCUUGGUAGAUUUUUGGUUUGGUUUUUAUUUUGUCUGAAGGGCUGUCUGUGCUCCACAAAUUGGGUGCCAAACUGGGGCAGCUUUUGCCACUGAUUUAUUGGUUUUUUCCCUCUCAGAAUGCACUUUGGUGAUGGAAAUGGAGAUUUUUUUCAGUAUGUUUGUGCACAUAAACACUUGUUUUUCCUGUGAAGCUUUUAUCAUCCACUCUUUAUUUCUUCACAGUGAUGCAAAACUAAUUAAGUUUAAGACAAGAGCCAUUGGCUGCUUGUUCUCUGUCGGGCUCCAGGCAGGUGUAGCAAGGACAGAUCAGUUCAGUUGAGGGCCAAGGCCAAGCCUGGCACACCAGGAGCUGAUUCCCAUGUUAGUGUGGUACCUGCAGCUGGAAAAACACCCCAAACCAUGGACGUGCUGCUGGAUGCUGCUGGGUGUUUGUCAUGCCAGGUAGGUAGAGAUUAGUGAUUGUGUAACUCAGGUUUAGUUCUUUGAAGCUUUCUACCUCUGUGCUGCUUUUGUUCUCCUUAGACAUCUUUGAUUCCGUGUUCAAUUGCAUCUGCAGGGCCCUGACUUGGCAGUGAACGGGGGAAAGCAAUACUUGGGAUGUGGCUCUGAGCACACAGAGGCUCAUUUUCAUCCAGAAAACAUUCUGGAUGUAGAUGAUGAUUCAUUUUAAGGUUUGAAAGCCAAGUGCUGGUGUGAGAGGGAGACUCUGAAUCCUCUGUGUUUGGAAAUCCACUGGAACCAGGCCUGGCUUUCCCUCACCCCUGCACACACAACACAUCUGGGCUGCACAUUUGGGUUAUUUUGUUACUUUUCCCCUCAAAAUCCCUCAUAUCUGUUGUGUCUGUGACCCUCAGUGGGGCUGAGAACUUGGAGGGUGCUCACAGCACCUUCUGCUGCCUUGGUGUGAGCAUUCACUGAGGGGUGGGGAAGGAGAAUUUCAGAAGGAUUUUCUCAGCUGUCACUGAACUUCGUAAGGGUUCAGUUCUUUGGGGUUUUGGCUGAGUCUUUUGGAUUGUCAACUAAAAAUGGCAGUGUUUGAAUCCAGAAUAGGCAUAUUUUUGGUGUUUUGUGUAUAUAGUCAAAUGUAAGGUAAUAUAAUCGAGGUAAGUCAGGAGGAAAUUAACACUGAUUAGAUUUUAUUGAUGAUGCUGUUCCAUGUGCUUACCCUGUGUAGUGUUUGCCACAUUCGAGUCCACAACGCUUUCCAGGUUGACAGCGUGGGUUGCUGAUGAAUCCUGUGGUGGUGAAUCCAGUCCUUAGAGGGUUCCCUGGGAGGGAUCAGAGGGUGCAGCACUCCAGGGUGUGGAGUUGGGGAUGGCUCCAUACAUUGUUUCCUAUUUUCCGUGCUUUUCUCUGUUUUGAAGAGAAAACUAUUGGUUGGAAUUGUGGAAAAUUUGGAACAUCAGUAUGGAAAAAUACGGACAGCAACUGCUCAUGAGAGCUAAUCAAAGGAAGUCAGAUUUUAUGAAUAUUUACAUUUACCCCAUUCAUUGGCUGAGUAGCUUCAUGCAGGAAUUAAUUAAUCCGAUGGACUUGCUGGCUGCUGCCCCAGGGGAUCAUUUUUCUCCUCUCCCAUCACCAUCCCUUCGAUGUGGGAAUGGGGCUGGGGUCGGGGCUGAGGGACAAACAGGCAUCCUGUAGGAACAGGAGUGUCCUGCAGGUAAGCAGGACUGAGGGAUCACGGGAUUUGUGGCACAGACUCGCUCUUUUUCAAGCCAUCACUGCAGCAUCACCAACACCCCCAGGCAGAGCCUGUAACAUUGCAAGUUCUCAUUUAUUUUAGUUUCAUUUGGACAAAUACAUAGAACCACUUGCACACUGGGCCUGAAACAUUGCAGAUACUCAUUUGUUUUUUAUUAAUGCUCUUUUUGGAUGUGCUGCAGUUCAUUUGUUCCUCUCUUUGUCACCUUUAAUUGCUCUGUAAACUGCUCCAGGGGUAGCCCAGUCUCUGCUUUAACUCUUCCUCUCUCUGCCUUUUGGGACAACUUUUCUGACAAAUCUUGUGGCUUGCAAACAUUUGCAAAGAAUAAAAUUCAAUUUGUUUCAAAACUCA